CUCCAGAUGGCCCUUAGGUUUUUUCAUUGUCUACUCUGGGCAGAGCUAAAACGAGAUUUCUGUUAAGAUGAGUAACAUUGCUUGAUAAGUCUUACAGUAUGUGAGAGAUAAAUAUGAAGACCCAGUAAUAAUAGAGAGAAAAAGGACAAAGUAUAGUGUCAAGAAUGUUGUAGAUCAUUCAGACUUAUCCAUAGACAAAAUGAGUACAAACUUCAAUAACACUUGCCCAAAAAGGGAUCUGAGAAGUAUUUUUGCCAAAGGAAGCAAUUUUAAUAGCGAAGAGCCUGUAUUUUGUACAGAGGAUAAUUUAGAGCAAUCUUUGUACAUAAUAAAUGAGGAAUUUGAAUCAUUUGGUAUUUCACCAUUAAGUAAGCAUAAUGAUCAGAAAAGUUCAGACCCAUUUAAGAAGUUAUUAAUAAAAGUGAUAAAUGCUACUUGGAGUUUAAUACAUAAAUAUAGAUCACUAAUGCGAUUACAUGACAACUCAGCUGAAUCGAAUCACAGGAUUGUUAAUGAUAACUUUAAUCUUAAGAAUCAUGUAAAGCGCUUGAAGGAAGAUGUGCAAAAGAAAGAGCAAGCAUUGUGCGAAGCACAGGAGAGAGAAAGAAGACUUAAGGUUCAAUGUGAGAGUGUAUCGCGUGAUUUAAAGCAUGAAAAAGAAGAGAUACGGAAACUAAAGAAACAAGCUCAGUCCAAAGAUAUUCAACACGAACAUGAGAUAAGAAGAAUUAUGCGGAACAGUGAGAAACUCCAGGAGCAAUUACAAAAGUCUCUUGGAACCUUUGUGUCAAAAGAUAAAGUCCUACAAAUGAUGCAAACAGAUCAUGAGAAGGAAUUAACUUCUUAUAAACAAACUAUUUGUCGUCUAGAAGAGAACAAUAGACAAAUGCUGGAGGAGAUCAACAAUCUAAAACAAAUUCUCGAGUUACAUAAGAAUGCCAUCGAUUUACAGGUUGAAGCGUCUGGGUGGACCAGUACAAAUAUUUAAACACUUAAUAUAAUACUGUAAUUUAUUUGUAACUUAUAUACAGCACAUACAAUUGCUUGAUAUAUGUCUGUGCAUUAAUGUAGAAAUAGAGUUUUGUACUAAUAUUGUUUAUUGUAGAAAACUGAAAGCUUUAUAUGUUUAGUGCAAAAAAAUUGUAUAAAU